AUGGCGAGGUUACAGCGUGUUGAAGAUGAUAAGGAGAAGUACCUCAAGGAGCUUGACGCCCUUGAGGUAGUGGUGAUUUCGGAUGCUGACUUCGAAGUGACUCCGCUACGAGAUUUUGCUCCUUCCGAUAGGGUGAUGGCUGAGGCAGGGACGGUUGCUGAUCAGCACGGCACCUUUGUGCCUCAAGACACUGAUGUCGUGGAUGUCACUUAUGAAGCCGAGGAGGAAUCCGGGGACUGCUCUACAAAAGACCCGACUACUGGCAAAGAACUGGCUCCCCUUUUUGGAAACCCCGUAACGCAGGAUGCCCCUGCUACUUAG